UUAUUAUAACUAUCGAAUGUUCCCUGUGAUUAGAGGAACAUACAUAAGAUCGAAAGAAAUUAUCAAGAAAAAAAUUGCAGUCACACUGGUGCUGUGACCCGGAAGUGUUUGUGUGUCGCACCUUCGGUUAAGUUUGGGGCCUGGAUGGAACGACGAGAGGCGGGAGCCGAAUAAACGAGGAAGCUGCGAAUUUGUGGGAAAACAGAUCUAUAAGCUUUUGAUCAAUGAGACAGCUUUGCAUGGAAAGCCUCAUACUGUGACUUUGAUUGUAUUACGCUGCCGCGGAUGAUGAGCAAUUCUGCUUCGGCUGUUCAGAAUAGCUCUCUGGAAGGAAGAAGUUUAGAUAAAGCUGAUCAGCAGUGUGCAGUAGGUGCUUUUGGGACAAGGCUUAUGUCGACAGGAUCUGUGGGGAGAUCUGAUGGGGACCAGUCCCCCUCGGCACAGAAACGCACAGCAACUCAAGCGUUCAGUCUACUUCCCAAACGCAGAAGCUCAUCCAGAUCCAUAAAACGCAAGAAGUUUGAUGAUGAGCUAGUUGAGAGCAGCUUGGCUAAAUCUUCCACUCGGGCAAAGGGCCCAACAGGGAUGGAACCUGGGCGAUACUCUGGGAGUGAGCCAUCAUCCAACGAGAAGAGAAAAGUAUCUACUCAGAUAUCAAAAUCCACCACAGUGCCAUCAGCUCCCAGCAGCAUCGCCAAGCGGCUGAAGAAAAGCAAGCAGCCACUUCAAGUCACAAAGGAUCUUGGACGAUGGAAGCCAACAGAUGACUUGCUGUUAAUAAAUGCAGUCUUGCAGACAAAUGAUUUAACUGCAGUGCACCUUGGAGUGAAGUUCAGUUGUCGUUUCACAUUGCGAGAGAUCCAGGAACGAUGGUAUGCACUGCUGUACGAUCCUGUGAUAUCCAAACUGGCUUGUCAGGCGAUGAGACAGCUUCAUCCUGAAGCAAUUGCAGCAAUUCAGGCCAAAGCUCUUUAUAGCAAAGCAGAGGAGCAACAAUUGGCAAAGAUUGGAUCGACCAGUCAGCCCACGCUGGACACCUUUCAGGAGUUACUGAAUAAACAUCCAAACGUUUUCUAUCAGUCGCGCACUGCCAAAUCUCUGCAGGUUCACUGGCAACUGAUGAAACAGUACUACCUCUUAGAAGAUCAAACAGUUCAACCAUUACCGAAGGGAGAUCAAGUUUUGAAUUUUUCUGAUGCUGAAGACAUGAUCGAUGACAGCAAACUCAAAGAAACAAGAGAUGAUGUCCUGGAACAUGAACUCACUCUCGCAGACCGGCGUCAGAAGCGAGAGAUUCGGCAGCUGGAGCAGGAGCUUCCGAAGUGGCAGGUUCUAGUUGACAGUGUCACAGGUAUUAGCUCUCCUGACUUUGAUAACCAGACUCUUGCUGUUUUGCGAGGCAGAAUGGUCAGAUAUUUGAUGAGAUCUCGCGAGAUAACACUGGGCAGAGCCACAAAAGAUAAUCAGAUUGAUGUUGACCUCUCUCUGGAAGGACCAGCAUGGAAAAUCUCCAGAAGGCAAGGUAUAAUAAAACUGAAGAACAACGGAGACUUCUUCAUUGCUAAUGAAGGCCGACGUCCCAUCUACAUCGAUGGCAGGCCUGUACUGAACGGAAAUAAAUGGAAAUUGAAUAACAAUUCUGUUGUUGAAAUUGCUGGCCUUCGUUUUGUAUUUUUAAUUAACCAGGAUCUGAUUGCACUAAUCAGGGCUGAGGCUGCCAAGAUGAACCAGCAGUAAGAGGAAGAUUCCAGUACCUGAGCAAGCAGUCAUAGGUGGCUAAAAAUAAUGAUGAAUGCAUCAUUGUCGGUGACCAAGGAUUUGUAAGAUCUUUGGACUGUAAAAAAAAAACUGUUUUAUCUAAACUUUAGAAGGAUUAACAGACACAGGACCAGAGCCAUCUGCUAUUACUGACUAGUACCUGUCAAUACAUGCCAUGGAAGGUGUUGCUUUUCCCUCAUAUGGACCAACUGGAUGAAAAAUGGAGCUUAAUUGACAAGGCAGAAGGAAGAGAGCACAGACCUGACAUUUUCACAAUUGUAGAUGACUCCAGCUAGAAUGUUAUUAUCUAUUCCCAUGUUCUGUCACAAUUUUCUGUAAGUUUCUAAUGUUAUUUAAUAGAAUUAAACCAUGGAAUAUUAAUUCACAGUA